GGAAUUACCUUUAGAAUUACAGGGAGUUUUUGAUAAAGAGGAGGUGGAUGUUAAAGUUGAAGAUAAGAAAAAUGAAGUAUGUAUGUCAACAAAGCCUGUGUUUCAGCCCUUCUCAGGACAAGGUCACAGACUGGGAAGUGCUACACCAAAAAUUGUUUCUAAAGCUAAGAAUAUUGAAGUUGAGAAUAAAAAUAAGUUGUCUGCUGUCCCACUAAACAAUCUGGAACCCAUCACUAAUAUACAGAUCUGGUUAGCCAACGGGAAAAGGAUUGUCCAAAAAUUUAACAUUUCUCACAGGAUAAGCCACAUCAAAGACUUCAUCGAAAAAUACCAGGGAUCUCAGAGGAGUCCUCCCUUUUCCCUGGCAACUGCUCUUCCUUUCCUCAAAUUGCUAGAUGAAACACUCACACUGGAAGAAGCUGAUUUACAGAAUGCUGUAAUCAUUCAGAGACUCAAAAAAACCGCUGAACCUUUUAAAGAACUUUCAUAGCAUUGAUUUUUGAUAUACUAAGUGGAAAGUUUCCCCAAAAAUGAUGGUCAUAAGUGGACAUGCAAAUCAAAACAAGGGAAAGUCAGAUUUUCUGGGUUUUACACUGUUUCAAUUCCCUGCUGUAAGUACAAGUUAGGAAAGUAAACUAUUACUGGAAACUAUAUUCAGUGAACUUUUUCCAGAAGGCUACUCAGAAAGAAAAAUAUACUUAUUUUCAAAUAUCAUUUAUUCAACAUAAGAUAUAUUCAAUAACAUCAUUUAAAAUCUUACUAUGGUAUAAAGUAGGAAAUAUGUGCACAGCAUCUUUCAUUAAAAUAUCAUUCCCAAACAGCAAUGAUGUGUUUAAAUGUUAGCUGUCUCAGAUUUUUUAAAUGGCAAUACAUUAAAAAAUUGUACAUGGCAGGUUAAAAGCAUCAGUGUAAUUUUCUUAUAUCUGCGAUACAAUCAAAGGCUGAAAGGGUCUGCUUUUACCACAGCUAAACCUCAGAAGUGUUCCGAAUUUGAGUAC